AUGAUGUUGCAUUGGGGAUCAUUCCUGCUCAGGAACUGCACUGUUCAGUUCAGACAACAUGCCCGACCUCAUCCGAUUUUAUUCCGAGCCACAACAGUUGCUAACAGGCGUGAUAAAUCAGCUUUAUAAAGGAAAUUAUAUGCUUUCGAUUGUGCAGCAACAGUUUGGGGAAUGCCCUGUUCUGUGCCAGCAUGAUUGUGCCCCUGUGCACAAAGCAAGCUCUAUAAAGACAUGAACAAAAGCUCAGUUUAAGUUUUCCAGUGGCCUGCAGUCCCACUAAACAGCUUUGGGAUGAACUGGAACAUCAACUGAGGCUUUCUUGACCAACAUCAGUGCCCAGCCAAACAAAUGUUCUCUCGACUGAAUGGGCACAAAUUCCCACAGACAUGCAUUAAGAUCUUGUGAGAAGUGAGUGGGAAAUCAUGGCCCUGCAACAGUGACAACUACUAUCUGCUUAAGGAAUACUGUGUGCAUAGCAUUAUCCUCUGUACAUGUUUGGACUCUCUAUGAAUCCACUGCUGGUCGGUAAAAAGAAGCUGUUUGAGGCUGCAUACAUGUAUGCAAACAAGCAAGUUGUAGCCUAGUGGAUAAGAAACUGGACUAGUAAUCAGAAUGUCACUAGUUGAAGCCACACCACUGCCAGGUGGCUGCUGUUGGGCCCUUGAUCAAGACCCUUAACCUUCAAUUGCUCAGACUGUAUACCGUCACUGUACUAGUUCCAUGCGACUAGCGUUAUAAAGACGUAUGACGUCCGAAAAGUAGAGCUGACCCCUCUGGAGCAAAGAAAACUGACUUUCGAUAGCCAUGCACUUGUAAAAGAACUAGAAUCUAAUGGAUUUGAAAACAAACAGGCAGAGUUGAUUGUCAAUGCACUGGUGACUCUGACAACAUCCAACAUGGACAUUGUAUACAGAGACAUGGUCACCGGAGCACAUCAGGAAAUCGCACUGCAGCAAAUCAUGUCUCAUCUGGACUCCAUUAGAAAGGACAUGGUUAUUCUGGAAAAAAGUGAAUUCGCCAACUUGCGAUCAGAAAAUGCUAAAAUGAAAACUGAACUGGAACAGAUCAAGAAUAGAUUGCUUGAGGAAAGUCAAAAAAUCAAAGCUGAUGCGAAGUUGGAUAUUAAUCUCGAGCGAAGUAGAGUAACAGACAUGUUCACAGAGCAAGAGAAAAAGCUAAUGGAGGUCAACACAGAGUUCUAUAAAAAGAAUUCUGACGUUGAAAGCAGCGCAAUAGAAACCAACAAGAAAAUCGACAUCCAAGUGGCUUCACUAAAAACUCUUCUGGAGUCACUGAAACUACAGACGAUACGAUAUCUUGCAGCCUGCGUCUUCUCCUGUUUGGCCAUUGCUCUUGGUUUCUAUCGGUUAUGGAAGUAAAAGAAAUGUCUCAUUAUUUUUUUUUGGUUUGUUUGUUUUGUUUAUUCAUGUUAUGUACUCUUGCAUUGUACAAAGUUCUUCUGUACUUACUUUUUAUAACCUGUACAUGAUUAAAAUAUUAAACCAA